AGCAGUCUUGACUCCAAACCAAUCCGAAGAAAAAGAAACCCGGAAGUUGUUGCAGUGAAGAGGGGACAGGAACAUGGACAUCCGCUUCACCAAAGGGAAGUCUGCGGUGCUGGAGCGCUCCCUGUCGCGGCCCCGGACGGAGGUGAGCCUGAGCGCCUUCGCGCUGCUCUUCUCGGAGAUGGUGCAGUACUGCCAGAGCCGCGUCUACUCCGUGUCCGAGCUGCAGGCGCGGCUGGCGGACCUGGGCCGGGGGGUGGGAGCGGCCCUGCUGGACCUGCUGGUGCUGCGGGAGAAGAACGGCAAGAGGGAGACCAAAGUGCUCAACAUCCUGCUCUUCAUCAAGGUGAACGUGUGGAAGUCUCUGUUCGGUAAGGAAGCGGACAAGCUGGAGCAGGCCAACGAUGACGACAAGACGUACUACAUCAUCGAGAAGGAGCCGCUGGUGAACGCGUUCAUCUCCGUGCCGAAAGAGAACAGCACACUGAACUGCGCCGCCUUCACCGCCGGCAUAGUGGAAGCCAUUCUGACUCACAGCGGCUUCCCUGCCAAGGUCACGGCCCACUGGCACAAGGGCACCACGCUCAUGAUCAAAUUCGACGAAGCCGUCAUCGCCCGAGACAAGCAGCUGGACGGGAGGUAGAGGGGGAUGAAGAGUGGCGUGUGCUGUCUGUACAAGAAGUGGACUUGUGUGUGUGUGUGUGUUAAAGAAGUUACAGUCAUUUUCAUUCAGGUCAUUUUCAACAUCUAGUAGUUUAAAAAAAAAAAAUCAGUGGACUUUUUUUUGAAUUACUGGAAAAUUAAAAAUGCAGGAAAAGGAACAGUUUAGUGAAAGUUUACGCAGAUCCUGUGCCUGAAUUAUUAAAGCCACCAAGAACUUCUUUGGUCUGCUCAAAGAAUGAAUGUAGAUUAAUUUGUACUUGCAGAUCGAAAAGCCGAUAUGUGAGAAACUCUGUUUUGCUUCUCGUGGUUGAUUUUAAAACCACAAACAAGAACUUACCUGCAGAUGAAAGUCUGACUCAUUUGCUUCAGACUUCUGCAGUAUAUGAGCACUUGGAGAACGCAUCCAGAGAUGGUGUGUGUGUGUGUGUGUGUGUGUGUGUGUGUGUGUGUGUGUGUGUGUGUGUGUGUGUGUGUGUGUGUGUGUGUGUGUAUGAUUAUUCGGUGUUGGGUCAGUUAUCAGUGGAUAUGUCUGUUUGUGUCUGCCUUUCCACAGCUCUGUAUUGUAUUGUGUUCAGUUUAUUAUGAUUGUUUACCUGAGUAAGGCUUUGGUAAGGCUUCAUCUUGGUGCUGAUGUGACUUUCGUUUUCUUUAUUGUGAAGAGAAAUGACUUAUUGGACAAUAAAAGUGUAAACAUGUUCAAAAAA